GAGCCUGAGAAAUCAUGGCAACUGGCUCGGGCUGGGAGCGAGUGGCAGCUGCGGCAGCGGCGGCAGUUUGGUCGCGGGCCGGGGCGGCGGAGCGGCGGCGGCGGCGGCGGCGGCAGCAGCACUGGCGCUGGCACCGGCCCUGAGCACCAUGCUGCGAGGCAGACCCGAGAGAGAGCUGGCGGCCUGGUGGGAGGCGGAGGCCGUGGCCGCGGCCAAAGCGCAUGCGGCGAAGGAACAGGUCCGCGUGGACCCGGGCGCAGCCGGGGAGCCGGAGCGCAAAACGGGGGAGGAGCAGCCCAAGGAGCCGACCCCGGCGCAGCCCCGCGCGGCCGAGGAGGGCGACGCCCGCGCCCCACCGCGGCCGCCGUCCACGCUGCCCAUGUACCAGGCGAAGCCGGUGUCGGCGCAGGGCCUCUACCCGCACGGGAAGUCCAGGAGCAAGAACCGUAGCUGCAAGCGGAGCUCGGACCGGUCCGAGGAGUACUGCUCUCCGCGGCCUGUCACCGUGGACAGCUCCAAGGCCAGGACCUCCCUGGACGCCCUGAAGAUAAGCAUUCGCCAGCUCAAGUGGAAGGAGUUCCCAUUUGGCCGACGCUUGCCUUGUGACAUCUACUGGCAUGGAGUUUCAUUUCACGACAGUGACAUAUUCUCCGGUCUAGUGAACAAGUUUCCAGGCAUGACGGAGAUGGUGCGUAAAAUUACUCUGAGCAGAGCAGUGAGAAUCAUGCAGAAUCUCUUUCCUGAGGAGUACAACUUCUACCCUCGCUCGUGGAUUCUGCCUGACGAGUUCCAGCUCUUUGUGGCUCAGGUUCGAAUGGUGAAAGAUGGGGACCCCUCCUGGAAGCCCACUUUUAUUGUGAAACCUGAUAGUGGUUGUCAGGGUGACGGAAUCUACCUCAUUAAAGACCCCAGUGACAUCCGCCUGGCAGGGACCCUCCAGAGCAGGCCGGCGGUGGUCCAGGAGUACGUCUGCAAACCUCUCCUUAUCGACAAGCUCAAGUUUGAUAUCCGUCUGUAUGUCCUACUGAAGUCCUUAGAGCCCUUAGAGAUUUAUAUAGCCAAAGACGGACUCUCGCGGUUUUGCACAGAGCCCUACCAGGAGCCUCACCCCAGAAACCUGCACCACAUCUUUAUGCAUUUGACCAACUAUUCAUUGAACAUCCAUAGCGGUAAUUUUGUCCAUUCGGACAGUACCAGCACAGGCAGCAAAAGGACUUUCUCUAGCAUUCUUUGUAGGUUGUCUUCCAAGGGUGUUGACAUCAAGAAGGUCUGGUCUGAUAUCAUCUCCUUGGUGAUUAAGACUGUCAUUGCCCUGACUCCAGAGCUCAGAGUGUUCUACCAGUCGGACAUCCCCGCAGGGAGGCCGGGGCCCACGUGCUUCCAGAUUUUAGGCUUUGACAUUCUUCUCAUGAAAAAUCUGAAGCCUGUACUACUUGAAGUAAAUGCAAACCCCAGCAUGAGAAUCGAACACGAGCAAGAACUCUCUCCAGGGGUGUUUGAGAAUGUCCCCAGCCUUGUCGAUGAAGAAGUGAAAGUGGCCGUCAUCAGAGACACACUGCGUCUCAUGGACCCGUUUAAGAAGAAAAGAGAGAGCCAGUCUCAGCAGCUUGGGAAGCCGUUAGCCUCAAAGGAAGAGCCUUCUGAGAGCGAUCCGGCCAGUGCCUCGGCAGGCAGCGCCCAUCCCGAAGCCCACCUGCCCUCCAUCUGCCUCAAGCAGGUGUUCCCCAAGUAUGCAAAGCAGUUCAACUACCUGCGCCUGGUGGACAGGAUGGCAAACCUGUUUAUCCGGUUCCUGGGUAUCAAGGGGACAAUGAAGUUGGGACCAACAGGCUUUCGUACCUUCAUAAGGAACUGCAAGCUCAGUAGCAGCAGCUUGUCCAUGGCCGCCGUGGACAUCCUCUACAUUGACAUCACGAGGAGAUGGAGCUCCAUGACCGUGGACCAGCGGGAUUCAGGGAUGUGUCUGCAGGCCUUCGUGGAGGCUUUUUUUUAUCUGGCCCAGAGGAAGUUCAAGAUGCUGCCCCUGCACGAGCAGGUAGCCUCGCUGAUUGACCUGUGUGAAUACCACCUGUCCCUGCUGGACGAGAAGCGCCUGGUGUGUGGCCGGAGCGCCACAUCGGGGGGCCGACCCCCUCACAGUGGCACCUCGCAGGAGGCCACCCCCGCAGCCCCGCUGGCUGAGGGCCAUCCCCCGCCCUGCACAAACAGUGCCCUCAAGCUCUCCCAUUCCAGACACGCUCUGUCCUGAGGGCCGCUCUGUCCUCCCAGAAGAAGAUUGAGCCCUUCGGAGCCCAAGAGACCCCCAGGCUUCCUGCCGGGGGAGAGAUGGCAGGAUGCUGAGAAUUCCCACCUGAGAUUCCCCCUAAUCGUCUCCAUGUUCUGCACUUCCAGAGGCUGCCUGAUUCUCAACCGCCCUCCUCCCAGCACCUCUUGGUGGCCCACCUGCUUGCGAGCCAUCAGCGGACAUAUGAUACCCAAAACGUGACAGAUGGCCUCUUCUAUUCUGGGCUCAUGGGAAGCCACCGCCGGGGAUAAAACUGCUGUGUUUGGGGAAGGGGGCACCAACAACCCCAAGACGGAGAGCUGCGGAGAAGAAAGAACUUGAGGCAGCCGACACUGGGGUCUGCUGAGGCCCCGAAGAGAAUACGGUUAGAGCCCAGGGACAUCACGUGGACUUCCUACCACCCAUUCUGUGAAAAUGAAGUGGAAAUACCCAGCAGGCCUGCGGGACUCACCCACCGCAAUCAUGUGCUACGUGGGUGCGGUUAACAGACCGACCUCGUUGAUUUCAUGAGUUUGCCUGUUGCUGCAGCGUCCCAUGUGUUAUUCAUUAAGAUAUGAUUAACUGAGAGGUAACUGAGGAAGGCUGCUGAAGUCUCAGAGCUGGCGGGAGCCUCUGAGAUCAUUUUGUUUGACCUUGACCCCAAAGCAGGCGUCCCCCCAGUCAUGUGGCCUCUGAUUGAAGCUCUCUAUGGGUGGGGUGAUCAUCAAGUGUGCCCAGAGUGCGCAGGGUGCCCUGGAGGGGAGGAGAGGGCUUCAGAGGGAAGGAAAGUAAGACCUGCGUAAGGGCCAGAGCGAGCGGGAGCUUGACGUCAGAAGCCGGGCAAGGGGGAGCCGUGCCCUCCCAUCCAUGAGACCCUUUCCCUGUCUGCAUCCGUGUCCCCAGGCGGCCCCCGCUCAGAGGGGAAGCUUCAGAGGCAGCCAAAGGUAGCAUUUUGGAAAAUGGCCCCAGGCAAGUCAGGGUCCAGGGCCUGCUGACCACAGGCAGACAAGAGACUGCCCUCGAACGGCCAAGCUAUCCAGAGUGUUGUUGGAUUUCGGGUUAAUGUGGCCCUUUCCAGAGGGUCCUCGUUAUAGGACCCUGGGGGCCCUGGAUUUAGAUGACCAUCAGGCUCUGAGUGAGGAGGAUGAAGGGUCUUUGAAGGCAUUGAUUAGCACGGUGCCUGGCACACAAUAGGGCUCAGAAAAUGCUCACAAAUGUAGGGCCAGGGAGAAAGUCAUUGGUGGCAGAGGUGUGUCCUAGACCAGCACAGACAUCUUCCUUCUCCCGCUUUUCUCUUAUUUAUUUAUUUUUUGUGUGUGUGGUACACGAGCCUCUCACUGUCGUGGCCUCUCCCGUUGCGGAGCACAGGCUCCGGACGCGCAGGCUCAGCGGCCAUGGCUCACGGGCCCAGCCGCUCCGUGGCAUGUGGGAUCUUCCCGGACCGGGGCACGAACCCGCGUCCCCUGCAUCGGCAGGCGGACUCCCAACCAGUGUGCCACCAGGGAAGCCCUAUACCAUUUCUUGAAGUUGAUUUCCAGAAAGCGUUCACUUGCCAAAACGGGGUGCAGUCAUCAGGUCCCAGACCAACCAAGCACACUGAAUAUUUUAGAAAAAAAAAAUGUAUCGACAGGCUGAAUUCCAGCCACAUUGUUUGAGGUGAUAUGUGAACAUCAGCUCCCAGGAUGAGGACCGUUCUCGCCCCACCCGUUGUGUGUCAUCUGGAGGCAGGUUGCUGGGUGGCCCCCCAGGGUCACUGUCUAGAAGGAGUCCCUCCAGGGCAGACAGGGCCUGAGAAGCCCCACGGCCCUCGGUGAGCACUGGGGAGACGAGGCUGCCGUUUUAUAGGAGGCCAGUCAGUGACAGAGCGGGCCCUAUUUGCUCAAUUUCUUUGAACAGGAAGAAUGAAGAGGCUGCUCCGUUAUUAGAGUGAGUGAUAGGAGACUUCCCCCACCGACUCGUGCCUAAUAGGAAGUCCCACUGUGUUUAUCCCCUUUGGUAAUUGCUGCUCGUUUUGUAGGGUGUAAUUGAAGUGAUUGCAAAAGCAGGUGUUUCCUUCCUCCUGGAAGAGAGGUGCUCCGUGGGGAUCUGGGUCCCUGAGCUCUGCCCAUGGGGUCAGCCCAGCCCUGAGAAGGGCCCUCGGGCUCCAUCCCAGCCUCGUCUCCCCCACCCUCUCCUGCCCUUCCUGCCCCUCCUUUUGGUGUUCCCACACAGUCCAGCCACACCGACGCUGUCACUGUUCACUGACUGAGCCCCUGCAGGGCCGGCCCCCAGAGUAGCUUCAAUGAACGGAUGAGAUCAGCUCGGUCCGUUCCAGCUUGGGCUGCGUGCAUCCCUGGGCCACUGCCCGCCUCCAUCCUUUCUCGCCGUGCCUGCCGUGCCCCUUCUGGUGUACCCGGAAAGCAUCAUUCCCCCUUCAGUGCUGGCCUUACCUGCUCCCCUCCUUCCUGCCUCCCAGGGGAUGUGCUUGGCUUCUCUGCUGGUACGGUCAGGAGUUCUGUCCCCGCAGCCUGGUCAGAAUGGGGCCUGUAAAGGCGAUUUGGAUUCGGUGAGUCUGUUGGCGCUGCUGGUCCCAACAGGCCCCUCCCCAUGUGCGGGGCAGGGCCCCCUGGAGACAGGCGCCUCCGUCCCCAAACUCCUGGGUCCCUCCUGUAUGUCCUCCAUCCACUCUCCCAGCUCAGACCCCAUCAGCUCUUAGCUGCACUGCAUCAGUCUUCUGCCUCUUAAACCCCUCAACCAUCUUCUGUCCCUUUCAGCCCAGGGAGGACUCUGAGAAGCACAGCGGUGACUGCACAGUCCCCCAGUCCAGUCAACCCUCUCUCCUCCCAGUUAAAGCCCAAGCCCCCGACCCGGCAUUCAGGUCCCCUCGUGAUCCAGUCCCCUCCUGCCUUUCCACCCGAAAUCCACGCUCAGCCCCCAGCCCUCAGGAGCAGUCUCUGUGCUCCCAACAGGCCCUUUGUGUCCGUUGCUACCACUCGGGAGAGAAUGUGCUGGCUCCCACCCCCUUGGGAGGGCCACGGGGCCCGGAUCUGCUCGGUGCUGUCCCACCUUUGCUGUCCCCUCUGCUGGACCCUCCCUCUGUCCAGUGGAAGCUUACUUAUCUUUCAAGGCCCAGCUCAAGUGUCCCCACUGCCAUCCCCCCAACAGUGAGCCUCCCCCUCCUUCUACUUGUGAGAACCUGGGAAGUCCUUUGUUAUCACACUUGUGCUGUGGUGUCGUGGCGUUCGUUCCCACCAAGCAGUGAGUUCUCUCACGGUCAGGCAGGUGCUGGAUUCACGCUGGCCCCUCGGGCACCCACCGAGCCGGGGCCCUGCAGGUGCUGGGACUGUCCAGGGGGCCUGGGCGAGAAGCCUGAGCUGCAACACUGCUGCUCCCCAGCCCCCUGUGGAUGCCCUGGCGGUUUAGUUUGUGAACGUGUCCGUGUCCCGGGACCCCAGCAGACAGUGGCUCCUCUGACCCUGGGCAGUCUCUCCGUGUUCCUUCGUGCCCGGGCUCUGCUCUGGGCUGCGUCCCCCAUGGGCAACCCCAUCUGGGAGACUAAGGGCCACCAGGCUGGAUCAUGCCCGCCACGGCUCCUCCAUCGGGCAUCCAGCCUGUCUCUCCAGCCCCGCAGCAUCUGUGGGGGGUUGGUUAGUUCAGAGCAGAUAAUCCUGAUGUGAAUGUGGUCAGUCAGGGUGAGCAGGACCAGGUUGGGGACGAGCCUAGACAUUGGAAUGGUGUUCCAUCCCUUUCUAGAAUCAACUCCCCUUCCCACGUGAGUGUACCAUCUGUUGGACGCUUCACAGUUUGCAAAGUACUUUUAUCUCCAUCCUCCCAGCGACCCCACAAAGGAUGAGGAUUCUCAUCACCCUCUUUUCAUAGCUGGGGGCACUGAUGCCCAGGAGGUCAGGUGACUUUCCCAAGGCCUCCCAGCUGGUGAAAGGCAGAGCCCAGCCCCCAACGCCUUGCUCCUUUCUCGGCCCGAUAACCGCUCUCGUAACGGCACCUCAAUGCUCCUACAGCCCACCAAGGAGAGGGUUUUGGCCCCAUUUCACAGACGCAGAAACCCACAUCUGAGAGAGGCUGGGUGCUGGCUCAGGUGGUCCUGGGGUUCUGGGGCUUAGCUUGGGGCAGUCCCACCUGCUCUUUCGCACUGAGCUCUAUGGGCUCCGGGUUCCUGAGCUGCACCGGGGGUGACAGCUCCUCUCUCACUUUGUCUCUGGGAACAGAAGACAAGAGAUGGAAAGCAUAAUACACGUGAAAGCAUUUUGUAAACCCAAAUGCUGCCGGGAUGCCGAGUUAUCUUCAGACUGGCUUCUGGUUUCCUGCAAAGUGUAAAGGGAUGAAGGGAAAAGGUUCCUCCUGGAAUGUUCUAAUCCAUCAGGACAAAUGAAGUCAGAACAGUCAGCUCCCCUCCCUCUCCUCCCCGCUUCAUCCUCACGUAGUUGAAGACAUUCACGGGGUGAAAAAUGCUUUCCGCUGCUCCUCUGACACCUGGAAUUUGCCUUGUGAUUGGCAGAAUAUUACUCCAAAAUAGCUUAAUUUUUUUUCAUUUCUGGAUGAAUGCCCUAAACUCUUCGGUCCCAGCCUUGAGAACUGGCUUAACUGGCUGGCAUUUGAGCCCCUUCCCUCAAAACUCAGAAAUGACGAGAUCUCGCUCAGUGGCUGAGAGCUGUCCUUCUCUCCAAGCGAGGCAAACUCACCCUGACUGGUAUUUUUGCCAAUCUCCUACUGAGUUUGACAGAUAUGGGAGAAAUUUUCCCAUACGGUAUAUGAAUUUCUCCCUCAUGAAAUAUGUUCGAAAUUUUUUUUUUUUUCCUGUUCCAGGGGCAAAGGAGCUUUGCAGAACAGGCAACAUAUUCAAUUACCUCCAUCUCUAGUAACCAGAAGUCCUGAUUUUUCUAUAACUAGGAAAACCACACAGCAUACUGCUUAUACAUGCAUGUGUGCAUACACACACACACACACACACACACACACACACACUGAGCACCAUUGAGCUUUGGCAUAAAAUGGCAAAAUUGCUUCUGAGCCUUAUUUAGAGAGCAGAGGAAAGAGGGUCUUUGCAGCCCUGGGGUAACAUAACACGCUCACCAGGAGGCUCACAAGCAGAACAUUUCCUCCGACACGAAGGCAUUUGCUAAGGCGGUAGUUUGGGGCCACAGGGACGUUGCCCACCCCUCACCAUGUCCCUCCAGCCCCCUCCCAGGCUGCAGAAGCAAGGCAAGGAGCUGGGGGAUGAAAAGAGUCAGCAGGAGCAUCUCCCUUCAGAACUUCUUGCAUCAGAACGGGGAAAAUGAGAAUCCCAGCAGAGGCCCUGAGCGCUGUGGGAAGAGCGAGUGUCUUUGUCCGGACCUGUCGCUCUCCAGCUAUGUGACCAUGGCCAUGGACCGGUGGUUCCACCCCCUUCCCUCUUCCUCUCCUGCACAGUGGAGAUGGGUUGUAACCAAUGUAAAGAGCCUGGCACCAGGAAGCGUCUUAAUAGAUGUCCUUUGAGGAAAGGACCAGUCUCGAUAUGCUUGAACUAGACAGGUGCCACAGAUCACUCCCGCCCACGUGGAUGGCCCUGACAGGCCAGGCUCCUCCAGGUCUGGUGGGCGGCCCCACGUGCUCGUCCCUCCUCCCUGCUGCUGCUGGACUGCGGCUUCUGCUUCUUAAAAGCCUUUAAAAAUUCUUUAUUAAAUUUUCAUGGCGCAUGAAGUCGAGGUUCUGUUACUUGGCCUCAGUUGUCUUGGUAACUUCGUAAAAUGCAAUAAUAAAACAGAGCUGAGUGUCUCUGCACGCAGGCCCCACGUAGAAACGGCUGCAAAGUACUGCAAAGUACCGACGAUUUCUUCUGCGUGAUAAUUAGCGACAGCAAACCCAGCAGGGUUGACAGGGCUUGUUCAUUUGGGGUCAGCUGGGGAGAAAGGGGAUCCUUCCAAUUUUUUUCUCCUCUAAUGGUUAAUGUCUGGCUGGGGAGCUAAAUAUUGCCUCAGGGAACCUGUGAGAUCCUGGGGGAGAUGGAGGAAGGAGUUUGGAAAAGCCCCCAGCCCUUGAUCCACUGGGGACAGUCUCCCUGAGGGAGGGAGUGACGUGCCCCUAGAGCCUGGCCACGCCGUAGAGAGUCUGGCGGCACGCCUGCCCUCGAGGAGAAACUGGCUCCUUCCAGCUUUGUGUGGGCGGCAGCCGCUGCCCACAGCGCCAGGCUGGGUAGGGGUGUGUUGCAAGCUCGGCCCCCAUGGGGAGGCUCAGGGCAGGGCAGCUCCCUGGAGAACUUAGUGGUUCGAGCUGCUCCAGAGAGGCCACCUGGUGCUGCUGACACACCUGGUGGCCCUGUCCUGGCGCCAGCCCUGCCCUUGACCCUUUGGGGGGAGCCUGUGUCUGCUCUGAACAUUUCUCAGCCUGUGGACCAGCCGGUGGAAAGAGAAAGGCAGAUGGCCUUGGGUUAUAAAUAAAUGGGAUCCCUGCCCCUUGGAAACCACCACCCAAUGGCGUCAGAGAGGCGUCGUCUCCCACAGCCCCUCCGCAGUGGGGGCCCCUCGGAUUCUCCAUUUUGUGAAACAUUCAGAUCCUACACAUUCUCCGUGCUCCAACUCUGUGCCAGCCUCUUGGUCUUAGACUCCUGUGCCCGCAGGUCAUGGCUUGGCCGUGCAGUAAGAGCUGCCACCCUGCUCCCUGCUGAAGAAACCCAGGUUUGUCACCCACGGUCCCCCCACCAGGUGGGGAGGCUGCUCCAGCAGCCUGGGACGUUAGCACUGCCUUGGCCCAUGGCAACCAGGCCAGGCAUACCUUCCAGGGGUCUUUCCAUGCAGCUGCCUCCCACAGAAGCCCUGGGCAUCUGGUGGUGCCCCUCAGGGCUCAGACCGCACUCUGUUUUUAACCCAAGCAGCUCCAGCUUUGUCUCUAAGUAAUGCGCUUUGUUAUAACAUUCUAUCCACGGCCAGAGCAUUUCCAACCUGUCAAUCUCACACAUGGGACACUGGAAGCCCAGAGAGGGCAAGGGCCCUGCCCAAAUGCCCAGCAAGUUAGGGAUGUGAGCUCAGGCCUCCUCAGCGAAGGAAUCUGAAGAGCAGAAGCCAGGGCCAGCCUGUAGUUCAGGGUUUUCAACUAGAUUCCAUGGUGCCCAAGAGCAGCUCGGCUGUUCCGUUUUUGUUUGUUUCUUUCUUCCUUUUCUGUUGUUUUGGUGGUUGUUCUGUCUUAUAUAUUGCGGCUGCAUGUAAGGAAAUAGCUUCAAACGCCAUCAUCAUCAUCAUCACUUCCAAUUUUCUACCUGUGGCAAAACUGGGGCCCUGGGAGAAGUAACUUGUUUGAAGUCAUGACCAGAACAGCCUCCUCCCACCGCCGCCUGAGCCCAGCCAUGGCUCCUGGAAGAUGUGCAUCGUGCUGGCAACAGUGACCCGUCAGGGCGGGUUCACCCCAGGGCCCGAGGCAGGAGCUGGACCGUCCUCUCGCACCCCCCAUAGAAUGGUUGGGGGACCUCGGAGGCCGGUGCUGGGCUCAUUUCUCACUUGGCCUCAGUCAUCAGGCAGGAGCCAUGUGAUCUGCUCAGACACUCAACCUCAAUAGCUCCUCCCCAGGCGCUGCCAUAGCUGUGCUUCGAGCCAUUUCCAGGGCCAGUGGCCGUGGCAUCAGUGGGUCACUGGGUCUGUCACUGACGGUGCUGGAGAAAAAUACAGCCCAGACUGGCAGGUCAGAAGUCUGCGGGCAUGGCCCAGACGCCAGCUGCAGCAGCCGCUUAUUGAAGGCUCAUGUCUUAGCUUUAAGGUCCUGUACAUGUUGCUUUGGGCUCCAUAUUAUGUCCAUAUUUUAGUCAGGAUGCUGACUUACGUGAUGCUGAGCCAAACCCCCGAAUCACAGCAGCUGAACACCCCUGUGGUUUACUUCUUGCCUGUGCAGAUCUGACAGGGUCAGGGGGCCCUCCAGGGUGACACUCCUCCGUGCAGGGUCCCGGCUGCUUCCUGCCUGGCCUCUUUCUCCUCAAGGACGGCUUCCCAGUUGCCUCCAAAAGGAAGAGAAGACUGGAGGACUGCAGGAGUGGGUUGUUCAGGGAGAGGUGACUUCACCUCCACCCACAUGCCCUUGGCCAGCAUCUGGUCACCUGGCCCCAACCUGAGUGCAGGGGAUACUGGGAAAUGUGUUCUUCCUGUACAUCCAAGUCAAAACAAUGAAAUGGGGCUGGGUGGACACACGUUACCUUUUUGCCUCAAUUCAUAUUUGUUUUACUAUAAAAAUGCUUCAAUCUUCAAAUAAAACUUCUGCUCCAAGAAAGUGACUGUGUUUAUCUUACAGCUGCACAGAGCAUCUCACCCCCACCACAUACUCUCCACUUGAGAAGCACAAUGUGAUGGGGGCCACAUGGGUUUCCUAAGACUCCAGAGUCAGGGGAUUCUGGGAAUAUCUUGUGUCUUCCCACUAAGAACUCCAGUCCUAGGCUCUGUGGCUUGGCUGCAGCCCAGCUCCAAGCUCCUUCGGGAGCCUUCCCAUCCCCUGGAAAGCCCAGUCCAAAGCAGGUCACUGCAGUUUCCCCUUGAGGAUCGGGGCCAGGAGUGGAGAAUAGAUGAGGAGCCCAGACAGAGUGUGUGCCCUUCCCAGGCUGGAGCAGAGCCCACAGCCCAAGGCGCUGGAGUCUUCAGGCCUAGAGACAGGUGGUCUGGCCACGCCAGCUCUAGCUAUAGGUCUGCUGAGGAGGUCGGCCCUGCACAAAGCAGCCUCAGUGCGGGUAAUCGAAUGGCAUCAGGGCUCCUCCGGUAGCUGGUGGAAGCCGUGUCACAGCGCAGGGUGAUCUGAAUGUAACCACAUUCCUCAUUCACAUUCCCUGAGCACAUACAACGGCCACACCGUGCCAGGCACGUUGCCUGUGUUCAUUUAGUCUGAGAAGCGUGCUCGGGAAAUGGACACUCUUACUAUCUCCCCAUUUUACAGAUGAGGAAACUGAGGUUCAAAACUGAGAUGAAGUGACUUGGCUUAGAAAUGCCAAAGCCAAUUUGGGAUCCUGGCCUCGUGGAGACGGGAUCUCACUCCAGAUGGUUCUCCUCUGUGCUGCCGCGAUGGGCCCCUCUUGGAAGGGCGGGUGAGUCCCACCAACAGAGGCAGCUGAGAACAUGUAGAAGUGGGAGGCUCUGGGGAGACCUUGAGUAGCACCACAUCAGCAAACACUUCUCUGAAAAGCCCUGGCAUGUAAUAAAAAAGGCCUCGCCGUUCUCUGCUUCCUGGAAGGCACCCCAGCCCAGCCAGGUUUACAGAACAGGAGGCCUUGGGAAUUGCUCGGCUGGGCAGCAAAGUGAUGGCGGUGGGGGGGAACCUAGGAGGCCAGGUUCCCAUAACUGGGACAGGAGUGUGCCGGGCAGUGUGGGCAAGGGUGGCCGGUGGUGAAAACGGUGUCCAUGUGUGGAGGACCAGCUUUGUCCCAGGCCCCAGAGUCACCCUGGCCAUUGGGUGAUAUCACUACCCUUUCACAGCUGGGGAAACUUAGGUCUGGAGAAGCUUCUCACCUUGCCUAAGGCUGCAGUUGCCUGCCCUCCGCCAGCCCACAGGCCACCAGAGAGACUCUGCAGUGGACAGCAGGAAGAGGGAAGCAGCUGCCCCCAUUACUGCAAGGUCAAAACAUCCCAGGACUCCAGCCACCCCUGUGGGAGCCACCAACGUCACGACAUCCAGAACGUCAACCCUGACCCGGGCUCCCAGUCCAGAAAUGACACUCUUGUUUCAGCCCUUUGUGCUCACAUGCUGUGUGUCAAGUGGCACCUGACGGGCUGGGGAGGGACAGGAGCCUCCUUACAGCCGACGGGGGCCCUGAGUGCAGGGGCAAAGCGCCCUUGGCUUCCUAGUCAGGAAACGUUCACACACAUUCCACACUCUUGAUAAAAUAUGGAAGGAUAUUAUACGUUUUACAGGGGUUCCCUUUAUUGAAAAAAAAGCUUUUAAAGAGUUUUGAUUCUUAUAAUGUAUCUGGAAAAUUCACGUUCAUGGAAAUUCAUUCCCCGAGGACAUGGUAAAAUGAGCCUCCGCUGCAUGGGAAUGACGCUCAGCCACCUGGGCUUCUUGUGGUUGCUGUAAUUUUCUUCUUCUU